AUGCCCCCCAACGUCGGUGACGAGCCGCCUUCUCCUCCCCCGGACCAGGCCUCGACCUCCUCGACCUCCAGCACGUCGGCCUACUCGCCCUUGGCCCGCCAGCUCCGACAGAUGGGCCUCUUCGUCGCUGGCGCAACCUUCCUCGCCGCCUCAGUCGCCGUCUCGCGCCGCUCCGUGCUCCGCCGCCGCCUCGACUCCCUCCCCGCCUUCCACACCUCGAACCGCCGCGUCCCGGUAUUUGACGGCUCCGACCGCAUCGGUCUCGCCGCCCAGGCCCUCGGCCUCGCCACCCUCAACGUCAUGAGCUUCGGCGUCCUGCUCACCGGCGGCAUCGGCUGGGGGUUCGACCUCUGCUCCGUCGCCGAGCUGCGCCAACGUACCCAGGCCGCCCUCCAAAGGCCCGGCAGCAUGGACCCAGAGGCCGAGAGGGAGAUGGAGGAGAUGAUGAAGUCGCUGCUCGAUAAGCUCGGCAUGGAUGCAACACCCCCGGAAAAGCCCCCUACGUCGGGCGCAGGUGGCGACGUCCCGCCCAAGAAGUGA